CAGGUGGUGAGACGCGAGCGCCGAGGGUUUUGGUGUGGUGCUCCUCCAGGGCCAGGCACAGGCAGGAUUCAGUCCCAAUCUACAUAUCAUAUCAAUUAAAGCAGUGCCAGGUGAAGUAGCGGAGAGACAUAGCUGGGCCUUUUCAUUUUUAUUUUGAUUUUUUUUUUGUUUUUUUACCAUAAAAUAUACCAUGGCUGCUGUGGAGAAGACUGAGGAAGAGCUUCGCAAAGAGAUCGAAGAACUCCAUCGCCAACAGCGCGAGAUUACCGAGCGGCUUCGCGAUCCAAGGGGUCUCCGCCGCGGUGCUUUAUCCGUCUCUGCUCCUCGCAAUUUUGCCCCUAACGGCGGCCGCCAGCGUGGCUUUGUUAGACCUGCUGAUAGGACCGAUUCCGAAGACCAACCUCCUCCCAAAAAGCGACUUUCUUCAGCUGUCUUCAAGGUUGAGGAUGGAGAGAUUGUUGAGGAUGCUUCCUCUCCGGCUGCUGCGAAAGAAGUGGCAAACAAGCCUGCUGAUGUGGAACAAGGUGCUGGGAAUUCAGCUCCUACCCUGAGUGAGAGGAAGCCCUCCAAUUGGUCUAUGAGGGAUGCUAGUUAUCAAAAGCCAUCUAGAAUGGACUUUGACAUUCCUCCAGCUGAGCAUGUUCCCAGAGUAUUGCCCAAGAAUGAGGAUCCUAGUUUGGUUAACAGGAACAAGAGGAUGCUGAACCAGCUUCGUGGAACCCUCGAGAAGUUCAGAAAAGAAGACAUGCAACUUUCUGGAUCAGAAGCAUACAUGCGUAGGUCAGAUUCACUCAAAAGGGCUGAGCAAAGGGCACGUGAAGAAAGCGAAAGGCUUAGACAACAAGAGCGCGAACAGAUUGCGGAAAAGCGGAGGAGAGAUUUGACUCUUAGAGCUCGUGUUGCAGCCAAGGCAGAAGAAAAGAAACUGGACCUGCUGUUUCUUCGGUGGUGUGAGCAUCACAAAAAACUUGGCAAUUUUAUAAGGACAAAAGCGGAGCCUUCCAUAUAUUACGCUUUUGCCAAGCCAUUGGAUGAAGAUGUACAGUUGGUUGAGCAGGAGAAAGAACAGAUGUUUCAAGAAUGGAAAGCUGCAAGGAGAGAGGAGCUGUCUCAAUACCAGAAACAGAUAGUUGAGCAGUACGUGGCAAAUGUUGAGAAGGAGCUAGAGAGGUGGCAAAAUGGAAGGAAAGGUAGGAAAGCAAACAAUGAAAUGGCAAAUUUGCAGGAGACAAUGGACAAGGAACUUGAGACCCACAGGCUUGAGCAUGGUCCCAAGACCAGAAAGAUUCCUGGUGGAACCAGCAAUGAAGAAGAGGAGGAUGUGGAAGACAUUAAUGUUGGGGAGGAUGAUAUGAUGGAUGAUGUUCUGGAUGUUGAUGAGAACAGCAGGAGAGUUGAUGAAAUAGCAUCAAAAGCAGAAACUGGAGAUGGGAGUCCACAACCUGAGAACAAGGAUUAGUAAUAUCUGAAGCCUGUCCUAGUUAUUUUGUAGGUUUUGGUCUGGUAGUUUCUUGUCAUUUGAGUUUUUCUUGUUACUUGGCUUCUAUUUUUUUGAUAGGUAUGGUUUUAUUUAACUAGAUGUUGAGUAUUGUGUGUGUUCUUGUUUAACCCUCCAGUUUUGUGGUGUCAAACAAUAUUCGACUGGGAGAGGUGUGCUAAAUUAGUUGUAUACAUACAUUAAUUGGUUUUUAAGCUUUUCCUUCUAAAAAUAGUUCCUGGGAUGGCUAGAUACUUGAAGUAUUAGCGGCCUGACGCAGGAUGUUUUGGA